AGCGCGCACACACCAUCACAGCUCCGACCGGACGAAGAAAAACCAUGUCGUGCGCCAAGUUUGUAGCUAAACUUGUCAGGGCAAACGCUGGCAAUGUCGGCAGAAUACGCAUGUCGCCAGGCAGAUGUCGAUCGACGUUGGCAUCCACCAAGAGCCAAGAGGGGAAGGAACAACAACAACAAGAACAUGAACAACAAGAACAGACGAACGUCUGCGCCGUGGUGGAGACCGAGCCGGUCGAGCUCAUCAGCCAGACCAGAACCGGCGCCAGCAGACCGCUGGACAGGAUCCACGUCGACUUCGACAACACCCGGGAGGCCUACGGGAGCAAGGGCAACGCCGAGCUGCUCCGAAGUCUGCUGGUCUUCAAGCUCUGCACCAUUGACCUGCUCGUUGAGAAGAACAAGGAGCUGAUGGACCUGAGCAGGAAGCUGCUCGGUCAGUGGAUGUUCGAGCAGCUGAUGAAGAUGACCUUCUACGGCCAGUUCGUGGCGGGGGAGGACCACGACUCCAUCAAACCGUUGAUUCGGAAGAACCAGGCCUUCGGCGUGGGGGCCGUGCUGGACUACAGCGUCGAGGAGGACCUGACCCAGGAGGAGGCGGUGAAGAAGGAAAUGGAUUCAUGUGUUUCUGAAGCAGAGAAGGAAAGUGCAGAUGCUGAUCAUCGUGAGAAGAAAUACAAGGCUCACCGUCAGUUUGGGGACCGACGCGGGGGGGUGUUCAGCGCUCGCACCUAUUUCUACGCAGAUGAGGCCAAAUGUGACAACCAGAUGGAGACAUUCAUAAAAUGCAUCAAAGCCUCCGGCGGAGCCUCUGUUGAUGGAUUUUCUGCCAUCAAGUUGACAGCGCUGGGACGGCCACAGUUCCUUCUCCAGUUUUCAGAAGUGCUGAUUAAAUGGAGACAGUUCUUCAACUUCCUGGCGGCUCAACAGGGAAAAUCUGAAAUGUUGCUUUUGGAACAAAAGCUGGAGCUGGAAGAACUCAAGGAAAGUUUGUCGAAGCUGGGUGUUGGAGCCAAGGAUGACAUUGAGAACUGGUUAACUGGAGAGAAGAUGGGUUUCUCAGGAACAAUAGAUCUGCUCGACUGGAACAGUUUAAUAAGCGAUACAACAAAAAUGUCCAAUCUGCUUAUGGCGCCAAAUCUUGGGACAGGCCACCUGGAACCUUUGUUGAAGAUGUUUACAAAUGAGGAGGAGAGACAGAUGAAGAGGAUGCUGCAGAGGGUCGACGUUCUGGCCAAGCAUGCCGUGGAGAAUGGGGUGCGGCUAAUGGUUGACGCCGAGCAGACGUACUUCCAGCCAGCAAUUAGUCGACUGACCCUGGAAAUGCAGAGGAAAUUCAACAAAGAAAAGCCAAUUAUUUUCAACACCUACCAGUGUUACCUCAAGGAAGCAUAUGACAACGUAACUGUGGAUGUUGAGCUUUCCCGACGAGAGGGCUGGUACUUUGGUGCCAAACUGGUGCGCGGAGCCUACAUGUACCAAGAGCGAGCCAGGGCCACGGAGAUUGGCUACGAAGACCCAAUCAACCCAGACUAUGAGGCCACUAACAGGAUGUAUCACAAGUGUUUGGAGUACGUGCUGGAGGAGAUCGAACACAGCAGGAAAGCAAAUGUCAUGGUUGCAACUCACAACGAGGACACUGUGAAAUUCACCCUUGAAAAGAUGAAUGAGAUGGGCCUCUCACCCACUGAGCAUAAAGUCUACUUUGGACAGCUGCUGGGCAUGUGUGACCAGAUCAGCUUCCCGCUAGGUCAAGCAGGUUUCCCGGUCUACAAGUAUGUUCCGUAUGGCCCCGUCAACGAGGUCAUUCCCUAUCUGUCUCGACGUGCUCAGGAGAACCGUGGCUUCAUGAAGGGAUCGCAGAGAGAGCGCAGCCUGCUGUGGAAGGAGCUGAAACGCAGAUUGCUGUGUGGUCAGAUUUUCUACAAGCCUGUCUACUGAGUCGCAGGACUGCAGCACGCUCAACUGGGGUAUUUCUGUUAUCAUUCCACCACCUAACUGCUCACUGCUCUCAGUAGAGGAAGAUGAAUGUCCCUCCUUUGCUUGGUGCACAGAUGUUUUGCAGUUUAUAAGUUGUGGUCUAUGAUGGUGAUUUAUUUUGUGUUUAGCAGUAUAUUUUUAGUGUCAAAGUGUUAAAAACACUGCCGAUCCAUUAAGAAGUGAUGAUGGCACUUGAUUUUUAAAGUUAAAAUGGGCCAGGGCAUUAAAAAACGUUUUUAAUGGACCUUUGUAUGUGCUUAUGCCUCGAAACAUUUAUCUGUUCUGAUGUACAUCACGGAAUUUUUCAGAAAGAAAGGUAUAUUGUGUAUGUAUGUAUGUGUUGCCAAAUGUGCCUUAUUUGUACAGUAUAUAAAGUCACUGUCAUGUGCUUUUUAAAACGAUAAAGAUACUUAUUGUAUGUUUUGUUCAGUUUAUUUUGCAUAGCUGUCACUCAGAGUGCCUUAUGAUUGUUGUUCACAAGAUUAACUGAGAGCAAUAGGCUACUGUACGACUUGGUUUUAUUGCUGUUACUCCACUGUACACUCCUCUCCAGCGGGAUUGUAAAUUAUUUAAGCAUGUUUAUUGCUAUUAUUAUGUGUUAUUGUAUAAAUCAUCUUAAACAAG